AUGGAAAAAUCCCAAGAAAUCGACUUGCUCUUAACCUGCUGGCCUAAUCUAGAGGUAGUAUUCGAAGAAAAAGCCUGGGAAGUCCCUAUCGCAAGAGUGACAGACACUGGUCUUGAUCUUCAAGAGGCUGCUAAGAGACUGAAGAUUGAUUGGGAUACAGCUGCGGAGAUUGAUGAUGCUGAACUUAGUGAUGAAUCAGAAGUGCCUCCAGUUUUGGCUGGUUUCCUUGGAUUUCUCGUGAUAAAAUGA